AUGCACUUGGCCACUUCGGAGGUGACCUCCACAACUAACCCUACGUCGAUGGAGCUUAAUGGAAACAGUGUCAAAAGUGGUGGGACGAAUGCCGACAGUGCUAACAACAAUGGAACCACUGAAAGCAAUUCGAAGCAUCAACCACUAACAGCGGAAACUUUGGCGGAACGCACCAUCGAAGGCCUGCUGGCGGACCAUCCCGGAGAGCUAAUCCGCACCGGAUCACCACAUGUGGUAUGCACCAUUCUGCCGAAUCACUGGAGAUCGAACAAAACGUUACCCAUUGCCUUCAAAGUGGUGGCUCUAGGAGAUGUCGGUGAUGGAACGAUGGUAACUGUGACGGCAGGCAACGAUGAGAACUUUUGCGGAGAACUUCGGAACUGCACAGCUAUCAUGAAAAAUCAGGUGGCAAAGUUCAACGAUCUACGCUUUGUUGGACGCUCGGGCAGAGGGAAAAGUUUCACCCUGACGAUAGUGAUAUCGACGGUCCCGAUCCAGGUUGCAACGUACACGAAGGCGAUCAAAGUGACUGUCGAUGGGCCGCGAGAACCACGGUCGAAAAUGCGACAUCAAGGCUUCCAUCCGUUCGCUUUCGGACCACAACGAUUCGGACCUGACCCACUGAUGGGAUCGCUGCCAUUCAAGCUGCCUGGGUUUCCACAUCAAUUAGGCGGUAUGGCGGGUCAUUUACAUAUGGCCAACGAUUGGCGGCAGCUCAAUGGUCGGACUGCGGCUGGAUUUCCAAGUUCGCAUUUUUUCCACCACCAUGCGACCGCCAAUCCGGCCCAUUUCGCACCGCACAUGUUGGCCGCCAUCGAUCGCAUUGAACAACAACAGCAACAGCAGCAACAGCAACUUCAACACCAUCGACAACAUCCGUCGGCAGCGGCUACUACGAUGGGGAUGCUCUCAGCAGUAGCCGCCGCAGCGUCCACAUCGGCGUCUACCGUCGGCAUCUUCAAUAACGGCACCGGUGCUGGCGGGGGUGGUAGCAAUAAUAGCGCGAGCUCCACAAUAAACUCACCCCGGAUUAGCGAUUCCAAUGAUAUUCACAACACACUGAACAACUGCAACCCUCAUAGUACAACUAGUCCAAAGACCUCACCGAAUCCCUCCAACGACACCCAUCAACGUGUGUCGUCCAACACUGACGAGGCCAAAUUGACACCAGACGGCGACUACGAUCGAGAUGACCUGGACGAUGAUAACGACCAGAUCAGCGUCACAGGCUCGGAUCAGGGGAGCAACGGCCAGAACGAAAGUGACCGUCGAAGUCCGCUAAUAGGAGGUGCUUUCACAUCGUUGAUUCAGAAAAAUCAUGUCAAGAUGAAAAGUGGAUUGGAAAUAUUUCAAAAUGGAGCGUUCACUGCUGGUCCUUACCCUGCACAGGUUCAACAACCACACCCCCUGAAUCAUGCAUUGGCAGCACAACUUUUCUUCCAAAAUCCCCUUAUACCUCAACCAAAUCAUUGGCUGUACAAUCAACUGUACGGAAACUACCAGGAACUACCAUGGUUCAGACAAUCAUUGUUCGCAAACAAUAACAACAACAAUAACAGCAACAACAACAACAACACUACACCGAACAACGACAGUAAAGACAGUCUGGACUCACCAAAAAGCAACGAAGCAAACGGAAACAAACGUUCUAUCACGGUGGUAUCCAGCAACGGGGAAGAGGAAGAGGAAUGCUCUCCGCGGAAAACGAUCGCCAUCGAUGACGAUGAUGAUGAGCGGAGGAAAAAUUCACCUUCGGUCACAUCGACGAAGAGAUCACCAAGCCCGGAGGUUUCACCGGCUUCACCUUGCACGGACAGUGUGUCCAGUUUGACGGUACUGGAAGGAUCGACCAAACUGAGCAGGCGUGGCUCUGAGGAGAAACUGACCCGAGAGCAGCAGCACAAUUCCAAACAAAGUGAUGUGUGGCGUCCCUACUAGAGAAGUGGACGAGUUUUGUAGAAAGAUU